GUGAGUUUAAUGAAAAUGAAUUAUUUUAGGCAUUUGAUUGUUGCAAUCAUUCAAAACCAGAAGAUAUUGAAAGAAAGUAUGAUCAACUUUUUGCUAUACAAAAAGAUUUUACCGAGUUUGUCAAUUCAAUAGAUGAAAGAAUAUGUGACGACUACUCUAAUACCACAAAAUUUCUUCAAGAUUAUUUGAUGGACUUCAAUAGAAAAUAUACAAAAGAGCAAUGUAUCUGCGGUCAAAAUUCGGAAAGCGAUAUAUGCAAAUGCAUACAAAAAAUAAAUGAUGAGGCUGUUAAAAAAUACAAAGACCAUAUAAAAAAUGUCACUUCUUAUCGUAAUAUAUAUGUUGAUGAUCUAAACAAUAGAACAAUAAACAGAUUCAAUUUGAUCCGGAAUUUCGAAGAUUAUUUUGAUAAUCAUUUCUUUAUAUGUCAAUGUUUAUUAUCUGGCAGUCAAUCAUCAAAAUGCUACGAAGAAACAUUAAGCAGAAUAGAAAGUGUUGAAGAUCUCGAAGAACAUAUAUAUAAAUCAAAAAUUUAUUUACUUUCCAAAUAUAAUGAUUCAUUAGAAAAUAACUUCCAAAAAAUUAAAAAUUCAUUUAGGGAUUCAUUGAAAGCUUUGGAAAGUUCAUUUGAUAACUGUACGGAACGACCAAGAUACCCACAACCAGGAGAUUACAACCCAAUCACUUCACCUCCAGAAAAGGAUCAACCAACAACACAUUUUUCAACACACUGUCCAACACAUUAUCCAAAAGAUUGUCCAAAAGAUUGUCCAAAAGAUUGUGACAAUAAGCAUGAUUGUUCCAGUUGUCAAUUUUGUAUAAAAUUACAGCUUUAAUUAAUUUUUCGUGACUAUUAAAAAAUAUAUUGG